AAUAUGCCAAAACCAAAAUCACUCUAUUUUUUAGCACCAACUUCAAUUAUUACAACAAAGUAUAAUUAAUUAGGCAGAGAAAUAUGGUGGUGAAGGUGUAUGGUCCUGCAAGUGCAGCCUGUCCUCAAAGGGUGUUGGUUUGCCUCUUAGAGAAAGGAGUAGAGUUUGAACUUGUGCAUGUUGAUCUUGAUCUAGGAGAGCAUAAGAAACCUGAAUUUCUUCUCAGACAGCCCUUUGGUCAAGUUCCAGCUGUGGAGGAUGGUGAUUUUAGGCUCUUCGAAUCCAGGGCUAUUAUAAGGUACUAUGCAUCAAAAUUUGCAGACCGUGGCCCUGACCUAUUGGGUAAAACCUUAGAGGAGAGGGCCCUAGUGGAGCAGUGGCUUGAAGUAGAGGCACACAACUUCAACAAUUUGUGCUUCAAUAUCAUGUUUCAGCUUGUGAUCCUACCAAAGAUGGGUAAGCCUGGGGACCUGGCCUUGGCACACAAAUGUGAGCAAGAUCUAAAAAAGGUGCUUGAUGUGUAUGAAAGUAGGCUCUCUCAAAGCACAUAUCUUGCUGGAGAUAACUUCACUUUGGCUGAUCUUAGCCACCUUCCAGGGCUUGGACACCUCAUUGAGGAAGCCAAAUUGGGGCACUUGGUCACUGAGAGGAAGAAUGUGAGUGCUUGGUGGGAGAAAAUUUCAAGUAGGCCAGCUUGGAAGAAGUUAAAGGAUUUGGUUCAUUAAUUAAGAGAGUGACUGAGAAUUAUGAUUGUUAUUUUUACAUAUUUUUUUUCUUUUUGGCUUCCUAGUGUAUGAAAUGGGUGUGUGGCAAAUAAUGAUUAAAUAAUGGGUGUGUGUCAUGUUUUAUUAUUACGAAAAUUCAAAACAUCUGUUUCAGUUUAGGCUGCAAAUUCAUGGCGUGGAGAAAAAUAAUUUCUUAUGCAGCUUAUUGAAUGGUCAAGAAUAAAAAGUUGAAAGUUUAUAUA